AUGGCUCUGCAGUAUGCCACGCCCUGGCCGCGUUUCGCAGACUGCGCCGCUCAUCGGUCCGGCCGCGGGAGCUGGCUGUGGCCGUCUCGGCGGAAUGUGCAGUGGCCAUCCUCACUGGCGACUGCGUGCUGCGCCGGAGUUGGCGUUGCUGUUUCUGGCAGAAAUGCGAAAAGCUUGAGAAGGCAAAUGAGGCCAACACACCAGGAAGAUCUCCGGGAAGAUCUGCCAGAGGCCUUGGCAGAUACCCUGACGUCCAUUCGCCGGAUCUUGAGCACAAGGAGGCACGACGGAAUCCACGACCACGAGCUGGCGCCGUUUGUGUUCAAGCACUGGUGGACGCAUCUCGCGGUGCUCCUGAAGGCGAAGGAGGAGGACCCUGGCCCACUGCCGGGCGAUGCUUGGAUCUCGCUACGCCUGGAUGGCUGCCGAUGGGGGACGAUCAUGUCUCGUCUGAAGAAAUCUGGAAUACUGGAUGAGGGCUUUCGGAGUGAGAUUGCGGAAGCCAUGGUUGACACCUGCCGAGCCGUCAUGUGUGAGUUCGGCGGAGCGCUGGGUUAUACACACAGUGACGAGAUGACCAUACUUGUACCUCCGGGCGAAAGAGUGUGCGAAGGUUCUGUGUCGUGGUGGGUGAGCACUGCAGCAAGUGUCGCCAGCGCUGCAUUCAACCGUUGCUUGACCCGGCUGGCUGCUGGACGAGGUUUGCAGCUCCCGGAGAUCGUCGUGGCACAUUUCGACUGCCGCGUCGGGGUCUUUGCCUCCGCGCAGGAAGCCGAGGGCAUGGUGCUCUGGCGCGCCGCGGACUGCAAUGUCAACUCUGCGUCGGAUGCCAUCAAAUUCUCGGAUGCACCGUAUGCUAUUCGUGACUACAACACCAUCCAGAAGCUGUGCUACUUGCAAGAGCACUCGGUUCUCCCACUGCAGAGACAUCAGGCAUACGGGUCGCUCAUUGGAAGGAUCGCCAGUGAAGGUCGAGACGUGCUGGUGCUGCUCAACGGUGGCUGCCAUGCGCUGCCGCAGCACAUCCUCAACCUUGCCCGGCUGGGCCCGCUCAUCCCCAGCGGGUCAGGUCGCAAGCAACGGGGGCCACCGAAAAAGUGGCGCCUGUGGAGGGGUCCUUGGAGAAGGUGGUUUGUGAGGCUGAGACGAGGACUUGGACUGAUUUCAGGUCCUAUAUGUGAGCAGGCCUCCAAACUUGGUUUGAUGGACUUCGUGGUCUGGCCAAGCACGACCCCUCAAUGCCUCAAGGGCUAA